AAAUGUCAACCCGCGUAUUUACAAGGUCACCUUGAGUUUUGAAAAUUAUUGUUCUCCUGGACGUGUUGCAUGCAGCAGUUCAAUUGAUCAUAUUCAUCCACAAACGUAUCCUGGCAAUAGAUAUUGGGUCUCUAAAUUAGCGAGCAACUAAUUUGUGAAACUUCCAUCGAAAAACAUGUCGGAGCAGAGCACUUUGAUCAAACUUGCCAUCCAUCAUAAUGAUAAAGGAGAAGGGACACUCUAUCGUCUGAAGAAGAAUUCGUUAGUUCACGUUCAUCCAGGAGCAUCGCUUUUGGGUCGUCGAGUGGCGAUCUACUGCAAUUAUCCGGGUGAUGGAAAGGAUUUCGAACGAAAGCAGUAUACUCAGCUGCAAUGGUUUUCAUCAACCGGUGGUUCACUGAAUCCAGAUGGCGCAACAUAUGUUUCGAUCAAAGACGUCGAUAUAUACUGCAACGUGCAUCUGACUCGUUCGGGAGCGUAUCACUUUUAUAUCACGUACGAAGGUCAAGAAAAGGACGGACCCCAGGCUGGAUUGUACGUUCAGGUGGAACCUCAUCUAACGGUGGGAAAAGGUGACACCCUCACCCAUCUCAGUUUGAAUUCUAUUCGAUGUCAGACAGUGAUUUCCAAAUUGAUGGGCCCAGUCAAAAGCUGGGAAUCAAAACUACAAGUGACCAAAGAAAGUGGCUAUAAUUUGGUUCACUUCACCCCCAUCCAGGAGUUGGGUGGCUCAAGAUCAGCUUACUCGCUGAAGAAUCAACUGAAAGUUAAUCCGGAAUUUCAAAAUGACAAGGAUCACGCUGUUACUUUUGACGAUGUAGAAAAAGUGGUUAAGAAAAUGCGUGAGGAUUGGGGAGUAGCGUCAAUCUGCGAUAUCGUUCUGAAUCACACUGCAAACGAGUCGAUUUGGAUUCGUGAAUAUCCCGAGUGUACCUAUAAUUGUUUCACUAGUCCCCAUUUGAGGCCGGCAUUUCUGCUGGAUGCUCUGCUGGCUCGAUUCGGUGAAGAUGUAGCGGCCGGUUUGCUCGAACAUGUUGGUGUACCGAAAGUCGUGGAAACCUCGGAUCAUUUGCAAGCCAUCCGGUGGCAAUUACACACUCAUUAUCUGCCACAGAUUAAGUUGCAUGAGUUCUAUCAGUGCGAUGUGGAUAAGUAUGUUUUGAGAUUCAACGAAGAAGCCUCAAAGCAGAGCCCUACACCGGCCCAGUUGGUUCCGGAUGGGGAAAUCCAGCUUAAGCAAUGUCCCGAAUAUCGUCGGUUGGGCGUAGAAGUGGACUUUGACCGAGUGUUGAAGAUAUAUAAUGUUUUCCGGCAGGAUUGUUUCGAUGAGGACAGUCGCAAACGCAAGUGCGUUGAAGCGUUUCGCGCUCGUUUGCAGUGGUUGAAUGAAGAAGUCAGAAAGGAAAUCCAGGCUCACUUGGAGUAUGCCAUAGAUAAUUGCUUGGCCGGAACACGGUAUGAGCGGGUACAAGAAGAUGGACCGCAGAUCAAGGGUAUUUCUUUGAAAUAUCCACUGUUUAUGAAGUACUUCACUCAGUAUGGAACUCAAGGGAAAUCGUUGAAAGACAUUGAGGAAAUGAUGUACACCGGAGCGGGUAAACUGUUUAUGGCUCACAAUGGCUGGGUUAUCAAUUGUGAUCCUUUGGUGGAUUUUGCUAAGCCGCAAUCUGGAACGGGAAAUGUUUACAUCCGAAGAGAGCUGAUUGCCUGGGGAGAUAGCGUUAAAUUGCGUUAUGGUGACAAACCGGAAGACUGCCCGUAUUUAUGGCAACACAUGAAGGAGUAUGUUGACACCACGGCCAGAAUUUUCGAUGGAGUUCGCUUGGAUAAUUGCCAUUCGACUCCAAUUCAUGUUGCUGAAUGGUUGCUGGAUUCCGCUCGAAAGACAAACCCCGACCUGUAUGUUGUUGCUGAGCUGUUCACCAACUCUGAUCACGCGGAUAAUAUUUUUGUUAACCGACUCGGAAUUACCUCCCUCAUUCGAGAGGCCCUUGCCGCUUGGGACUCUCACGAGGAAGGCCGCCUGGUGUAUCGUUACGGAGGGGCUCCGGUCGGUGCGUUUUUCCUCAACCCAAGACGAAUACUGGCUCCAAGUAUUGCACAUGCCCUGUUCAUGGAUCUAACCCAUGAUAAUCCGUCGGCGAUCGAAAAACGUUCGAUUUUCGAUUUGAUCCCAUCGUCUGCUCUGGUCUCGAUGGCUUGUUGCGCCACCGGCAGCAAUCGCGGUUACGACGAAUUGGUCCCACAUCAUAUUCACGUGGUAGAUGAGGAACGCCAGUAUCAGGAAUGGGGCAAGCAAGUCAGCAAAACAACCGGAAUAAUUGCUGUUAAGGAAGCGUUCAAUCUGCUCCACGGUGGACUGGCUACCAGGGGUUUCGAUCAGGUGUUUGUCGAUCAAAUGCAUCCGGAUAUUGUGGCCGUAACUCGUCACUCUACUAAAAACCGCGAAACGGUUAUACUGGUAGCUCAUUCGGCUUUCGGUUAUCCGAACCCUUGGGCAGGCCCUACUGGUGUGCGACCACUGCGUUUCGAAGGUAAUUUCCUGGAAAUUAUCUUUGAGGUCCAGAUUUACAAAAAAACCGGUCAAACAUUCGAUCGCCCAUCGGAGUUUGAGAAAAAUGAUCAAUAUAUCAACGGGUUAGAGGAAUACGUGGUAGAUUUCCGGAAGAAUCUUGCUUUGAACGAAUCGGAUAUCUUUAAAAAAGAAGCUCAAUUUGAUGGCAACGUAACUCAAUUGGAUUUCGUGAAUCUAAAACCGGGAUCUGUGGUGGCUAUCCGAGUGGCUAUGACCGACAGUGCAAAACCUCCAAUUGAGAAUCUUCAGGGAUUGAUGAAAGAGUUUCAUGAUGAUAAUGGUUCAAGAUAUGCGGAAUUGCAGCACAUUUUAUCCAAGCUGGAUUUGAUAGAUUUCAACAAUUUACUCUACUGCUGUUCCGAAGAGGAACGAGAUAACGGUGGUGGUCCUUACAGUAUAUCUGGCUACGGAGAAACGGUGUAUUCCGGAAUACAAGGAAUCGUUUCAAUUCUAAGUGAUAUUGGCCCUAACAAUGAUUUGGGACACCCAUUGGCCAAUAACCUUCGAGAAGGAAAUUGGUUGAUUGACUAUUGUUCGGAACGGUUAUCGAAGUACCCAAACCUUAUACCCGUUGCCAAGUGGUUGGCUAAAAAUCUGGCCCCAUUAAAGGAGAUCCCACGUUACUUGAUUCCAAGUUAUUUCGACGUGAUCUUAACGGAGGUUCAUCGACUGAUAAUUAACGCAGCCUGCCAUUUGAUGACCGAUUUCGUUCGUCACGGAUCAUAUUUUGGUCGUUGUUUAGCACUGGGAACAAUUCAGUGUGUUCGGAUCGCGCCUUCGGCCAACCUACCCAAACUUAGUCCAAAUGUGGCAGAUCCAAAACCACCGCAACAGUGCGCUACACUCGCAGCUGGUUUACCUCAUUUUUCAACCGGAUAUAUGCGUUGCUGGGGACGGGAUACUUUCAUUGCUGUGCGUGGAUUGAUGCUCCUAACGGGGCGGUAUAACGAGGCACGAUACAUGAUUCUAGGUUUUGGUGGAUGUUUGCGACAUGGCUUGAUCCCGAACCUUCUGGAUGGUGGCAUGAAUGCUCGCUUUAACUGCCGCGAUGCCAUUUGGUGGUGGAUCUACACUAUUAAACAGUUUGUCGAAGAAACGCCCAACGGAAAAGCCAUCUUGAAGGACAAAGUUUCUCGAUUGUAUCCCACCGACGAUUCCGACGCGAAGAAACCCGGCGAAUGUGAUCAAAUGCUAUACGAAACAAUCCACGAGGCGCUGACUGUUCAUUUCCAGGGACUGUGCUAUCGCGAGAGGAACGCAGGAUCCCGUAUAGAUGCUCACAUGAAGGACAAGGGAUUUAAUAAUAGGAUUGGGGUCCAUCCGGAAACUGGAUUUGUUUUCGGUGGUAAUAAUGCCAAUUGUGGUACCUGGAUGGACAAAAUGGGAUCCAGUGAUAAAGCUGGAAACCGGGGUAUUCCUUCCACUCCAAGAGAUGGUUCGGCAGUAGAACUAGUUGGAUUGCAAAUGGCUGCUUUGCGAUUCAUGCAGCGAAUGGCGGAACAAAAGAUUAUCCCAUACAGUUCGGUUGAACGUACCUCGAACAAUGGCACCAAAACUGUAUGGACCUAUAAAGAGUGGGCCAACAAAAUUGCGGCCAAUUUCGAAAAGGAGUUUUACGUAGAUACGAACUGUGACAGCACUUAUGUGAACAAGAGGCAAAUAUACAAGGACACGGUUGGAUCGGAGAUACCCUGGACGGAUUUCCAACUUCGGUGUAAUUUUCCAAUUGCCCUGGUCGCUGCGCCGGAGCUUUGUGAUCCGAAACACGCUUGGUUAGCAUUGGAAAAUGCACGAAAGUAUCUUUUGGGUCCACUCGGUAUGAAGACUUUGGACUGUGAAGAUUGGGCAUAUCGGGGUAAUUACGACAAUUCAAUCGACAACGACGAUAAAACGAUUGCCCACGGAGCCAAUUAUCACAAUGGACCGGAAUGGGUCUGGCCAAUCGGUUUCUAUCUGCGAGCACGUUUAAUUUUCGCCAAAGCCAAUGGACUACUGAAAGAAACCAUUUCUGAAACCUGGACCAUUCUACAGACUCAUUUGAAAGAACUACAGACCAACCAUUGGCGCGGUUUGGCGGAGCUAACUAACGAGAAUGGGGCCUACUGCAAAGAUUCCUGUCGGACUCAGGCAUGGAGUAUGGGUUGUGUGCUUGAGGUGCUGCACGAAUUGGAGAAACAGGAGAAGGAGUUGUAGAUUAUGAUAAAGAGAAUAAGCUAACCGGUCUCCACGUGUUGCAUGUUGUUUCCGAGAUCGGUUUAAGCUGAUCAAAUACUCGUGUUGGGCUUUGAGGUGCCGAACAAUCUAGGUUACAUAAUGAAUCAUUUUUGUUUGUGUUCGUAGUAUCCCAAAUUGAAUAUAUUUGUUAAAUUUGCAUAGUCUAUUUUUGUUUCCCGUGAAUAUGUUGGCAGAGUUAGGGUGCAGUUCAAAUAUCGCAACAAAAAAAAACGUGCGCUGCAAGUAUUUGAUUUGCGAAGCGUAUAUAUCGUAAAGCCAAACAGCGUGUAUGAACAAAUAAAUCAUAUUGAUGAAAUUCA